AUGGCUCCCAAAGUCGAUCCAAGUGAAGUGAAGAUUACUACUGGAGGAGAAGUUGGAGCUUCCAGUGCGCUUGCCCCAAAAAUUGGUCCACUGGUUGGAGAAGAUAUUGCCAAAGCAACCGCAGAUUGGAAAGGUUUACGAGUGACCGUUCAAUUAACCAUUCAAAAUCGUCAAGCUGCCGUUAGUGUUGUACCGAGUGCUUCGUCUUUAGUCAUAAGAGCAUUAAAGGAACCUCCGAGAGAUCGUAAAAAAGAAAAAAAUAUAAAACAUAGUGGAAAUUUAACUUUGGCUGAAAUUAUUGACAUUGCUCAAAUCAUGAGAACUAGAUCUUAUGCUAAAGAUCUUAAAGGAACUGUUAAAGAGAUCUUGGGAACUGCUAAUAGUGUUGGAUGUACUGUUGAUGGUCAAUCACCUAAAGAUUUAAGUGAUUCUAUUGAAUCAGGUGAAGUUGAAAGGAUUGCUAGUAAAACCAUAUAUAUAUCUAAUGUCUCAUACAGUUCUACCGAACAAGGACUUGAAGAGUUAGGUUCAAGAUUUGGUAAAGUUGAGUCAGUUCGCAUGCCAAGAGAUUACGAAGGUAGAAGUCGUGGUUAUGGCUUUAUCGAAUUUUCUCAAGAAGAAGAAGCUAUCAGAGCUUUAGAUGAACUUAAUGGUAUCGAAUUUGAAGGUAGAGAACUAAGAGUAGCAGAAGCUCGUGGUGGUGCAGCUAAUGGUAACGGUGGCGGCAUGGGAAUGUCACGACCUCGUUCACGAGGAUAUGAUGACGAAUAA